UUUGCGGAGCGCAGUUGUUCCCCAUCCAGUCCUGUGACGGUGUUUGCAAAUACACAGAGCGAGAGAAGAAGAAGAAGAAGAAGAAGAGGAGGGGGGGACUGACGGACGCGGACUGAAGGCUCCUCGUCUCCUGCUGCUGCUGCUGCUGCUGCUGCUCGAACACAGUCGCCUGGUUCAGUCGCGUCGCAGGAGGAUCGCGCUUGUUCUUCUUCCACUGAGGAGGUUUAAAACUGACAUAUUCACAUACAUUAUAUCAGAACAUCGCAAGUGCAGCUCUUAAACGGGAAAAAUGGAUGUUCUACCGAUGUGCAGCAUCUUUCAAGAACUUCAGAUAGUUCACGACACGGGCUAUUUCUCAGCUUUACCGUCACUGGAGGAGUACUGGCAGCAGACAUGUUUGGAGUUGGAGCGCUACCUGCAGAGCGAGCCUUACGUCUCCACCUCCGACCUCAAGUUCGACGGCCAGGAGGACCUCUGGAGCAAGCUGAUCUUGGCCUGCGGGGACAAGGCCAAGGCCGAGUCCGACCCAAAGUUGCCCACAGCCCACGAUGAGGACAAUCAGGAUAGCCAAAUCUUGGAUACCAACAGUGUGAAUUCAGACGCCAGCAGCGAGGCCUCCGACAGUUCUGAGGAGCUCUCGCCCACACACAGCUUUACCUCCAACCCCCUGGGCUCUGUCUUGGUUGGCUCUGGACCUUUUAGCCCCUCCGUCAUUAGCACUCCGCCAUCCUCGCCGGAAGCCAACUCCGAACCCGGCGCCGUCACGAACGGCUGGGCCGCCACGCACGGCGAGUUGCACUUGCCGGUCAAAAUCAGGACCGGCGGCGUGGCUAAGACGGCGGACAAGACGGGACUCACCUGCGGGGACGCGUCCCCGGACGGCAGGAGGCGCGUACACAGGUGUCACUUCAACGGUUGUCGCAAGGUUUACACGAAGAGCUCCCACCUCAAAGCACACCAGCGCACUCAUACAGGUGAGAAACCAUACAGGUGUUCAUGGGAGGGCUGCGAGUGGCGUUUUGCACGAAGCGACGAGUUGACCAGACACUUCAGGAAGCACACUGGGGCAAAGCCAUUUAAAUGCAGUCACUGUGACAGAUGUUUCUCCAGGUCUGACCAUCUGGCUCUUCACAUGAAGAGGCACAUCUAGGAGCAGGGGCGAGCACCAACCGAGCAAUGCAGCGAAGGGUGAACGUGUUCUUUUUUUUUUUCCCUUUUUGGUUUUUUUUUCUUUUCUUUUAAAGAAGAAAAAAAAACAACAAACGCCGUCUCCCGACGUGUCUCUUGGUUGAACUGUCCCAGAGCAGAGUAGCGGGAGUGUGUUCCAGCCAAAGCAUGCCGUUUUGCACCAUACUGAAACCCAGUGCCUCCGGGACCUCUCUUUGGAGAAAGGCGCUCUGAAGGUUGUCUGUUGCAACAAGAGGACAAAAUCAUAGAUGGGGAAGAAUUAGAUUCCAUUUUAGAAGGACUUCAACUCACACAAAAAAAAGACACAA